AAAACAAACCCUAGAAGAUAAAAACUUUCACGGCCGACAUAUCUAUUCGAUUCCGAGUCGCAUUGGCUUCCGGUUCUGCUGCUUUUUUCCUGAUGGCAAAAGCGCUUGGAACAUGAGCAUUGCAAUGGUUCAUAGGGAUUUAGAGAGGGAAUGGGAGAUCAAUGUGGACUUGUUUCAUAUUGUCUUUUUUUUUUCUUUCUUUAUUAUUAUUGGAGUUUCUUUAAAAAAAAGAUCUGGAGAAAAAUAGAUUUAAAAAUUUAUAAUAGCGUUUGGAGCACAUUGGAGGGUGUGGAGCACUGAUCUUACCAAGGAUUGCUCUCACCUGUUACCUUUGUUUUAACAAACCUUUGCAAAAAAUGAGUGGUCGAUUUUCUCGUUCCAUCUAUGUUGGCAACUUGCCCGGCGACAUUAGGGAGUCCGAGAUUGAAGAUCUCUUUUACAAGUAUGGCCGCAUAGUUGAUAUCGAAUUGAAGGUUCCACCUCGUCCUCCAUGCUAUUGCUUUGUUGAGUUUGAGCAUGCUCGGGACGCGGAAGACGCCGUCGACGGCCGUGAUGGCUACAACUUUGACGGCUCUCGCUUGAGGGUUGAGCUUGCCCAUGGUGGUCGAGGGCAGUCUUCUGGUGAUCGUCGUGGUGGAUACCGUGGUGGAGGUGGUGGCUAUGGUGGUGGAGGUGGUGGUGGAUCUGCCCGGUUCGGCGUCUCACGACACUCUGAGUUCCGAGUUAUUGUCCGUGGACUUCCGUCAUCUGCUUCAUGGCAAGAUUUGAAGGAUCAUAUGCGGAAAGCUGGUGAUGUGUGCUUUGCUGAGGUCACUCGUGACAGUGAUGGAACUUAUGGUGUCGUUGACUACACCAAUUAUGAUGACAUGAAGUAUGCUAUAAGGAAGCUUGAUGAUACAGAGUUCAGAAACCCCUGGGCUAGAGGCUAUAUCAGGGUUAAGAAAUAUGAAAGCUCCCAGUCGAGAAGCCCAAGCAGAAGCAGAAGCAGGAGUAGAAGCCGUAGCAGAGGCCGUGGUCGCAGCUCUAGCCGCAGCAUUAGCAGAAGCAGGAGCCCAAGGAAGGAUCUUAGUAAAUCACCAAGACGGUCCCUUUCCAGAUCGAUAUCAAAAUCUAGAUCGCCAUCUCCCGACAGAAAGAAGAGUCCUCCUAGGGCAAUGUCGAGGUCCAGGUCUAGGUCUAGGUCUCUUUCAAAAUCACCUGCCAAGGUUCGGGAAGGCAAAGAGUGAUUGCUAAAGUUGUCAAGCCAAAGAUGGAAUGAAGAUAAGACUUUGGAGUUUUAUUAUAAAGCUCAAAGUUUCAGUUGGUUCUCUGUUGGAUACUUUUUAAUUUAUAUGUGGCUACUUUCAGUUUAAAACAUGUUAUUUUUAACGGUUCUUUGAAACAUUUGUGAAACAAUAUUUUCAACUCUUAAAUUUCAUUCUACUUCUAAA